GUACGGCAAAAAACAGGGAGACCCGGAUUCCUCCAAUCUGAGGAAGGACGACCGGGCCAACGACUUUCCGCUGUCGCUCUGUUUCGGUUCCCUCCCAUUCUUCACGCGGAUUUUUGGAACUCCUCGAGACCUCCCGAGUCGUCGUGUUCAUCUUCUCGGUCCUAAAUCCCCCACAAAACUCGCCGAAUCGAAAGUAAGUCGCACGUUUGCUCUCGCGAUUUCACGGCUCCUCUCUUCUUCUUCUUCGUUCCUCGUGAAUCCUCGUUUCGGGUCCGGUGUCGGAGCGCUCGCCGAAUUUCCCGAUGGGGACGCCGGAGUUUCCUGAUCUGGGGAAGCACUGCACCGUCGACGUCUGCAAGCAGAUCGAUUUCCUUCCCUUCACUUGCGAUCGCUGCAAUCAGGUAUUUUGUCUGGAGCACAGGAGCUACAUCAAACAUCGAUGUCCGAAAGCUGACAGGAAAGAUGUCACAGUUGUUAUCUGUCCACUCUGCGCCAAAAGUGUCCGGCUUAAUCCCGAUGAAGACCCAAAUAUUACUUGGGAGUCCCAUGUUAAUAUAGAGUGUGACCCCUCAAAUUUUGACAAAGUCACAAAGAAGAAAAAAUGCCCUGUACCUGGUUGCAGGGAGAUCCUUACAUUUUCAAACACAAUUAAGUGCAAAGACUGCACUCUGGAUCACUGCUUGAAGCACCGGUUUGGUCCAGACCACAAUUGCGCUGGUCCAAAAAAACUAGACACUACUUUCCCCUUUGUCAAUUUUUUGAACAGGAGUAAAAAAGAAGUCUCAAAAUCAAGUGGAGCUCCAGCAACAUCUUCCAAGUGGACGGCGAGCAUUCUGAAUGCUGCUUCAACAGUUAGAGCCUCAACAGCAGGAGGCAUGGCGAAAUUGAGUAAUGAAUUAAACCGAGCAUUGCAAAUUGCAAAGGAUGGGGUGGGGCAGAGUAGCAGCAGUGUUAGUGGUGGUGGUAGUGGAAGUGGAAGUAGGCAGCUAGAGGAGUGCCCACAAUGUGGUGCAAAGUUUUCAUCUGUCGCAUCCCUCAUAGAGCAUGUGGAAAAGGUCCAUGAGAGCAGCGGUAACCGUGCCCCUGUUCGAAAGGUCACAAUUGAUGUUUGCCCCAAGUGUAGUAGAGGAUUUCGUGAUCCCAUUUCUCUUGUGGAACAUGUUGAAAGGGAUCACGGUGGUACUUCUACAGCUUAGUAAGCCAUACUUUGUGACGUUUCAAAAGCAGCAUGUCAAUGACAGAUCUUUGGAAGUAGUUGUUUUGUCAUUUGUUUAAUUAUUGGCAAAUGUUCAGUUUGUUUGAACGCGUCGGACCUAUUUGUCUGAGGGCUCAUUUGUGACUCUUCUGCAAGUGCAUUGUUAACUGUGAGGAGGAUGUACAAGGGGAAAGGUGGAGGUAUAAUAGAUAGAAUUUCGAGCUUUUUGAUUGUGAAUUCUUAAACAAUCAAAAAUCAAUUUUAUUUUUA